AGUAUGCGAAAGGGAUCGGAUGCGUAGACAACUGCAGUUCGUCGAAUGCAGCUAGCUGAUAGAUAGGGAUACCUCACGCAAUUCACAUUGCUUUGUUUGUAGACUAUCGGAGUAAGAAGAGUUCAAAGAUGGCUGCAAAACUAAAACUACUAGCACUGACGGUUGUAAUUGCGGUCAUUGAGAACUGCCAGGGACUGAGCUGUCCAUGUUGGAGUGAACUCCCAAAUGCCAGAUGCCCGGGGAAGCCCCAACCCCCAUCAUGUCCACCAGGCAAACAACCUGUCCUAGAUGCAUGCGGUUGCUGUCAAGUAUGUUCUCAGGGAAUAGAUGAAAGAUGCGGCGGACCAUGGAAGACAGCGGGGACGUGCUCCGAGGGACUCGAAUGCCAGGACAAACAGACCGGAACAGUGGUUUCGACGAACAGCAUGAACCCAUUCGGAAUGAGAAUUGGGGCUUGUAAAAGUCCGAAGAAGACCGUCGAGACUCCGAACUAUCCACACAGACCGACGUAUCCCGAUCAACCAACGUACCCUGAUACACCGACCUAUCCUGAGACCCCAAACUAUCCUCCGAAUCCUUACUACCCACCCUGGACCUAUUACUGGGGAAAGGAGAGGAGUGCGGAGGACCAUGGAAGGUCUUCGGAGUAUGUUCAAAGGGUCUAGCUUGCAAGGACGAGACGGGCAAGGUCAUCAAGAAUCCUUUCUCAAAGGGAUACUGCACUCCGUAGGGCGCCCUCUCAACAGGUCAUAUGUAACUCACCAAUGCUGCUUGAAUGCUUUUCGUUCUCAACAUGCUAAAUGGAUGCACGCCUCGUCAAUAGGACGUCUUCUAUAUGUGGCGCAUGGACAACGCAUCGAUGCUGUUUAAGUGCUUCCUUUUGAUGUUAAAGGAAAACUUGUGAAUCAACAACUCAUUAAAGCAGCUUAACAAUGUUUUAUUUCAAUCUGAAAAGAAUACGACAUGAAUUUUCUUUAUCUUAAAGACCCACUCUCUACGACGUAUGGACAACUCAUUAAUGCUACUGAAAUCUUCUCUUUCCUGCUUGUGGAAAUUCUUGCUGACGCACACUUUGCAUGUCUAGGAAUGGACUGACAAGUAUUUCCCCCGAAUCCUUGAGAAACAAGAGGGAAGCAAUUAAUUAUUUUUUUUUGGGGGGGGUGAGAGGGGGUGACCGGUGGCAUAGUGAUGUGCUGAUGGGGGAGCCUAACAGCGAGCGACUACGAUGACAAGUUAAUUAACGCAGUGAUCUUAAUAAGGUCAUUUUUAUUUAUGUACUUUGACUUUUGGACUGCACAUGGGCACUCAUGAUUAUAGUUUACAGGGUACGAUAGUGUGUUGUAAAAAAUAAAUAUAAUAUAUUUCUUGAAAAUGUAAAAGGGGCUGUGGAAUAUCAUAUAAAGACAAAUUUAUGUGUUAAGUCAGCUGUAGUUUGUAUUAUCUUGAUUUAUUUAUUUCAAUAUGUAAAUAUCGAAUUAUCAUAAAAUAAAUUAUAUCCAU